UGCAGGUGCCGCUGCGCCGGGCUGGAGGCUGCGCGCCGAGCCGAGCGGAUCCGCGGAGGGAUGGGGAGCGGGCCGCCCGGGCUGCAGGAGCCGCAGGAGCCGCGAGAGCACCGGCGCGGGGCGUAGGCGGCGCGGGGCACUUUGCGAUAGGAUGAGGCUCCUGGCUGGCGCGCGGUAGUACUAUGAUUUGGUAUGUGGCCACUUUGAUAGCAAGUGUGAUCAGCGCCCGAGGUCUUGCGGCUCAAGGUGCCCACGGCCUGCGAGAGGAGCCCGAGUUCGUGACCGCAAGGGCUGGCGAGAGCGUGGUCCUGCGAUGCGACGUGGUCCACCCGGUGACGGGGCAGCCCCCGCCCUAUGUCGUGGAGUGGUUCAAGUUCGGGGUGCCUAUCCCCAUCUUCAUCAAGUUCGGCUACUACCCGCCUCAUGUGGACCCUGAAUAUGCAGGCCGUGCGAGCCUCCACGACAAGGCAUCCCUGCGGCUGGAGCAGGUGCGUGCCGAGGAUCAGGGCUGGUACGAGUGCAAGGUGCUCCUACUCGACCAGCAGUACGACACCUUCCACAACGGCAGCUGGGUGCAUCUCACCAUCCACGCUCCUCCCACCUUUACAGAAACACCCCCCCAGUACAUUGAGGCCAAGGAGGGUGGUAGCGUCACCAUGACCUGCACAGCUUUUGGGAAUCCCAAGCCCAUUGUCACCUGGCUGAAGGAGGGGACACUCCUAGGUGCUAGCAACAAGUACCAGGUGAGUGAGGGCAGCCUGACGGUGACGUCGGUCAGUCGGGAGGACAGAGGCGCCUACACCUGCCGCGCAUACAGCAUCCAGGGGGAGGCGGUGCACACCACCCACCUGCUCGUCCAAGGGCCUCCCUUCAUCGUCUCCCCUCCUGAGAACAUCACUGUCAACAUCUCCCAGGACGCGCUGCUCACCUGCCGGGCAGAGGCCUACCCCGGCAACCUCACCUACACCUGGUACUGGCAGGAUGAGAAUGUCUACUUCCAGAACGACCUGAAGCUGCGGGUGCGGAUCCUCAUCGACGGGACCCUGAUCAUCUUCCGGGUGAAGCCGGAGGACGCGGGGAAGUACACCUGCGUGCCCAGCAACAGCCUGGGGCGCUCGCCCUCGGCCUCGGCGUACCUCACUGUGCAGUACCCAGCCCGAGUCCUCAACAUGCCGCCUGUGAUCUAUGUGCCCGUGGGGAUUCACGGCUACAUCCGCUGCCCCGUGGACGCAGAGCCGCCGGCCACCGUGGUCAAGUGGAAUAAGGACGGCCGUCCCCUGCAGGUUGAGAAGAACCUGGGCUGGACUCUGAUGGAGGACGGCUCCAUCCGGAUCGAGGAGGCCACAGAGGAGGCUCUUGGCACUUACACCUGUGUGCCUUACAACACCCUGGGGACCAUGGGCCAGUCUGCCCCUGCGAGGCUUGUCCUGAAGGACCCCCCGUACUUCACGGUGCUACCGGGCUGGGAGUACAGGCAGGAGGCCGGCCGGGAGCUGCUCAUCCCCUGUGCCGCGGCUGGGGACCCCUUUCCCGUCAUCACCUGGAGAAAGGUAGGGAAGCCCAGCAGAAGCAAGCACAACACCCUGCCCAGCGGGAGCCUGCAGUUCCGCGCCCUGAGCAAGGAGGACCACGGGGAGUGGGAGUGCAUCGCCACCAACGUGGUCACCAGCAUCACUGCCAGCACCCACCUGACCGUCAUCGGCACCAGCCCCCAUGCCCCGGGCAGUGUCCGGGUCCAGGUCUCCAUGACAACUGCCAAUGUGUCCUGGGAGCCAGGCUACGACGGAGGAUUUGAGCAGACAUUCUCUGUUUGGUACGGACCUCUGAUGAAGCGGGCACAGUUUGGGCCCCAUGACUGGCUGUCCCUGCCUGUGCCUCCGGGACCCAGCUGGCUGCUGGUGGAAGCCCUGGAGCCCGAGACAGCGUACCAGUUCAGUGUCCUGGCCCAGAACAAACUGGGCACCAGCGCCUUCAGUGAGGUGGUCACUGUGAACACUUUAGCAUUCCCUGUCACAACUCCAGAACCCCUGGUGCUGGUUACCCCACCGAGGUGCCUCACAGCCAACCGGACCCAGCAGGGCGUGCUCCUGUCCUGGCUCCCACCUGCCAACCACAGCUUCCCCAUCGACCGCUACAUCCUGGAGUUCCGCGUCGGAGAGCGCUGGGAGACGCUGGACGAUGGCAUUCCUGGCACCGAGUUGGACUUCUUUGCCAGGGACCUAUCACAGGACACGUGGUACGAGUUCCGGGUCCUGGCCGUCAUGCAGGAUCUGAUCAGCGAGCCCAGCAACAUUGCCGGCGUCUCCAGCACAGACAUCUUCCCGCAGCCGGACCUGACCGACGAGGGGCUGGCUCGACCGGUACUGGCUGGCAUUGUGGCCACCAUCUGCUUCCUGGCUGCAGCCAUCCUGUUCAGCACCCUGGCCGCCUGCUUUGUCAACAAGCAGCGCAAGCGGAAGCUCAAGCGCAAGAAAGACCCUCCACUCUCCAUCACACACUGCAGGAAGAGCCUGGAGUCUCCCCUGUCCUCCGGCAAGGUCAGCCCUGAGAGCAUCCGCACGCUCCGUGCCCCGUCCGAGUCCUCCGAUGACCAGGGCCAGCCGGCGGCCAAGAGGAUGCUGAGCCCCUCGCGCGAGAAGGAGUUGUCCUUGUAUAAGAAGACCAAGAGGGCCAUCAGCAGCAAGAAGUACAGUGUGGCCAAGGCAGAGGCCGAGGCGGAGGCCACCACGCCCAUCGAGCUCAUCAGCAGGGGCCCUGACGGCCGCUUCGUGAUGGACCCCUCUGAGGUGGAGCCCUCUGCCAAGGCCCGGCGCAUCGAGGGCUUCCCUUUUGCUGAGGAGACCGACAUGUACCCCGAGUUCCGCCAGUCGGACGAGGAGAACGAGGACCCGCUGGUGCCCGCGUCCGUGGCUGCCCUCAAGUCCCAGCUGACCCCUCUGUCGUCCAGCCAGGAGUCCUACCUGCCACCACCAGCAUACAGCCCUCGGUUCCAGCCCCGUGGCCUGGAGGGCCCCGGUGGCCUGGAGAGCCGGCUGCAGGCCACCGGUCAAGCCCGCCCGCCCGCCCCCCGGCCCUUCCAGCACGGCCAGUAUUAUGGGUACCUCAGCAGCAGCAGUCCAGGGGAGGUGGAACCGCCUCCCUUCUACAUGCCGGAGGUGGGCAGCCCCCUGAGCUCCGUCAUGUCCUCACCGCCCCUGCACGCCGAGGGGCCUUUCGGCCACCCCACCAUCCCCGAGGAGAAUGGAGAGAACGCUUCCAACAGCACACUGCCCUUGACUCAGACGCCCACGGGUGGGCGCUCCCCAGAGCCCUGGGGCCGGCCGGAGUUCCCCUUCGGGGGUCUAGAGACCCCGUCCAUGAUGUUCCCCCACCAGCUGCACCCUUGUGAAGUGGGUGAGAGCCUGCAGCCUGCGGCUGGCCUCCCCCGAGGACUGCCGCCUGCCUCCCUGCAGGUGCCCGCAGCCUACCCAGGCAUCCUGUCUUUGGAGGCGCCCAAGGGCUGGGCUGGCAAAUCGCCAGGCAGAGGCCCUGCCCCAGUGCCCCCCACCGCCAAGUGGCAGGACAGGCCUGUGCAGCCUCUCGUGAGCCAAGGGCAGCUGAGACACACCAGCCAAGGCAUGGGCAUACCCGUGCUGCCUUACCCCGAGCCGGCUGACGGCUCAGGGGCGCACGGCGGCCCUAGCGCGCUGGGCCUGGACACUCGGUGGUACGAGCCCCAGCCCCGGCCCCGGCCCAGCCCCCGGCAGGCCAGGCGCACUGAGCCCAGUUUACAUCAAGUGGUGCUACAGCCCUCCCGGCUCUCGCCUCUGACCCAAAGCCCCAUCGGCUCCCGCACCGGCUCCCCUGAGCUGGCCGCGCGGGCCCGGCCCCGCCCCGGUCUCCUGCAGCAGGCUGAGAUGUCAGAGAUCACGCUGCAGCCGCCGGCCGCCGUCAGCUUCUCGCGAAAGUCCACGCCAUCCACGGGCUCCCCAUCCCAGAGCAGCCGCAGCGGCAGCCCCAGCUUCCGGCCCACUGUGGGCUUCACCACUCUGGCCACAGCCUACCCCUCCCCUCCGCCGGGCCCCACGGGGCCUGCGGACAGCUUGGAUGUGUUCGGACAGACGCCUUCCCCUCGAAGGUUGGGGGAGGAGCUGCUCAGACCGGAGCCCCCCGCUCCACCCUUACCGAGUUCAGGGACACAUCCGCCUGCACCCGGGAAUGCUGCUGCACCUGAGAGGCUGGAGGCUCUGAAGUACCAACGGAUAAAGAAGCCCAAAAAGUCAUCCAAGGGCUCCUCGAAGUCAAAGAAACGAUCCGAUGGUUCUGCCUCGCAGGCUCAGCACCUUCCAAACUCUCAGGUCCUGUGGCCCGACGAAGCUGUCUGCCUCCGGAGGAAGAAGAGACAUUCCCGGCCCGACCCCUUCGCCCGUCUGUCGGACUUGUGCCACCGCCAGCUCCCAGAAGACCAGAAGGCAAUACUCAGUAGCGUGGAGCACGACGACCCCGGCCAUGCCACUCUGCUGUGAUGCUGCCACUUAAGUGUCCCCGAGCGAGGCUGCUGGCUGAGGGGCAAGGGCAGGCACGGGGUGAUGGGUGUGUGGGGCUUCGUCCUCCCCUUCCAGGGGAGCAGUGGCCCAGCUGUUGGCUUCCAGGGCUGCUCAGACCCUGGCUCCACUUGUUCUCCCUCUGGCCUGAGUGGGCCUCCCCUCCGCCUCCCGGCCUGCUGGCCUCGUGUCCGGGAGAGAGGGCAGAGGGCUCGCUGGCCGCCGUGGCUGUGGGUGGAGUUUGGGCAGUGAACUGGGGACAGGGGGAGACCUGCCUCCUCCCCCCCUCUCCCCGCUUCACUAGGUGGAUUUCCCCACCUCCUCAGAUAUCAGUGGAGUGAAAGAGGAAGCAGGGGCUCGCGCUGUGCUCUGCUUCUGUUCAGUUUCUCGAGUCCUGAAAGAGGGCUGGACUCCGCCGUCUUCCAGACUCCACAUAUAUAUAGCUAUAGAUGCAAAUGUGUAUGUGUGUAGUUUGUGGGUUUCUCUAUGUAUAUAUAUGUAUGUGGGAGCAAAUGCUCACUUCUGUGGUCAGGGGAAGGAGGGAGAGGGCAGCUGGCGUGUGGGCUGGGCAAGGAGGACCGGCGGGAGCUAGCGGGGGCCCUGGUGUCUGUCUCGGGAAUGAGUCUCACUGAAAUGGGGUACAUGCCUUCUCAGCUGGGUCCCCCGUUUGUCUUGACCUCAUCGCGUCCCAGGCAGAGUGAGGGCUUGCCACGGUGACUGCUGCCCGUUUCGGGGGCUCAACAGUCCGUUACCAUGGAACUAAACACCGCCUCCAUUUCUUGGUCCUGGGCAGAGAAGGGUGUCUGGUGGAUGGCCAGGCGGGCAUCUCUCUUGCUUUCGUGGUCUGGCUCGGAAGUGAGGCUGCUUAGCAGCGGGGCCGGGGGUGGCCCUGUGCCCAGACUGGAGCUCCUCAUUAGCCCCUUGGGUCCAGCCGGGCCCAGAGCCCUGUGGCCAGGGGCCUCCCGCUCCAGAGCCAUCUGUGCCGAGCACCCAGCGCUGCGGCGCUAUUUAUAUCCCAUGCCCUCCGGAGCGCUGUUCCAAAGCUCUGAUUGGAUUCCUCCUCUCCUUUUGUGGGAGCUAAUUCCCCAGAUUGAUUAAUUGCCACGUGUGGGGAGCCCGCCCACACUCCUCUCCAUGCUCCCCAUGUGCCCCCCGCAGACCUGAACUCCCACAGGAUGGGAUCAGAUAAAGCUGGGGGCCUGGAUACUGGGUUCUGGGGGUGCUCUUGGCCCCCUCUUCCCCCAGGGCUGUUUGUAUAGAAUUGGCUGAGGCCUGGGGUUGAAGGUGGAAGGAGUGGGAGGUGGGAGCCGGGCUCCAUCCUUUCUCUGUCGAGUUCUCUUCCUAACUCAGACUCUUAGCACCCAGAAGCCUCUGCGAGGUGGUCUGACGGCGACAGGAGAGGUCUCUCUCUCUUGCGUGUGUGCAGUGUGGUACUGCCCUCGGUGGGCAGAAGGCCUGUGUGUGGCUAGGGUGCAUCUGGCCUCUUUCUCCUCCUCUUGUGCCAGAGUCUGCCCUUCUGGCCACCCAAGGAUCAUGGUGGCGAUCAGGUUCCUGCAAGUACCUCCUUCUUGGUGCUGCUGUCUUGGUGGGUUUGGGGACAGCCUCUGUCCCCAGUUACCUGCCUGGAUAUUGGCCCCGUCACAGCACUGGACACUUCUCUGGCUCUCAGUCUGGAGACCUUGGCAAGCUAACCCGAAUGUGGGAGCGUCCAUCCUAGGGGUGAAUCCUCAGCCCAGUGCUUCCUUCUCACGCCCGGUGAGUGGGGACCCAGUCCACCCUUGGGGCUCUGCCUCACACAUCACACAACUACAGUUUCUCUCCAAACGUGACCAUCGUGGAGAAAGAAGUGGCAGGAGCAGUGUUCGUGGCUGUGCCUCAUCCACUGCCCACCACUGACCUGGUGGAACCUGCCCCUUCUGGCCAAUGUACUUCGCUGGGCACUGUGUCCAAGCCCCACCCGGCCGGUGGCUCCAGCGAAGCAGCGACUCUGCUUCCUCCCCGAGGCAGCACUACCUCUGCCGCUGUGCCCAACAGGGGGCCACGGGCACCUCUGCCGGGCCCAGGGGUCAGUUGUGGCCUUUGUCUGUACUCUCAUGGUGGCUGUUUCUUGAGUGGCGCAGGUCCUGGUGGACCGUGCGUGGAACAUCAGGGCUGUGUGUCUUCAGGGUGAGCUAGGCUGCCAUCUCUGAGCCCUGUGCUGGGACUGUAGGCUCUGAGGUUACAACAGGAGAGGAUACAGAGGGGAUGGCGUUCAGGGCCCUGCCCUGCGCCGUCGCCAGCGGUAACAACGGUGCUGACUCCUGCCUGCCUGCCUUCCCCCGGCCAGGCCUGGUACCUCAGCACAGAAGGCCAUGUGGUUGGAGUUGUGCUUUUUGCCGGACGCUGGGUGUCAGCUGUGCUGGGUGUCCCCAGGACUGGGGAAGGGCGCCAGGCCGACCUAUCUCUCAAUAGCUUUGGACUCAUUACUCCUCCCACGAGGGCUUCCUUCUUGUAACAGUGUAUGUGGACGUGGGCCUUCCUGCACCCCGGGGCGCUGGUUCAGCACUUCCUGUAAGGACUGUGAUGGAAAUCAGCAGAAUACAGUCCACUCUGUCCAUGAGGUGGAGACAGGGCUGUUACAGGCACACUCUCCAGUGCUGGGCGUGUGCAGGUGUGAAUGUAUGUGCAUGGGGGUGCAGCCAUGCCUAAGGACCAGAUGCCCUUUGCGCUCUGCCCAUCACCAAGUGCAGGGAUGACUCUGAAGCUUCCUCCAACUUUCAGGGCCCAGUCCGCGGGAGAUCAGGUGUUCCCCAGACUGCCCCUCGGCCCAUCCGGUAACCUUGCCUAGAAGUAGCCUACCCUUCCUCCUGCAUCGUGCCUGGAGGCUGCACUGUUUUGGGUUAGGUGACUUGGAGACCAGGGAAAGGCUGAAGUGCUGCCAGAGGGAGCCUGAGGCUGCAGCUGUUUGGGGGAAAGCAAGCAAUAAGGAGAAGGUAGGGCCUUUUCUCGAUUUGCUGGCGGCGUCAGUGGGGUUGAGUAUGGACACAGCCCAGCACUUGGUGAUCUCUGUCCACAAGCCCUCAGCCUGUCGCUCUCAACUUUUCCCAGACAUGGGUCUGAAAGGGGGACGAUGGGCGGGCAGGGUCUGCCCCGCCUUUGAGGAGGCCCGUGAUCCAGGACCCUGUGCUGGGGGCGUCUCAAGUAGGGUGGACGGGAGUCACCAUUCCUAUUUUUCAGUGCUGUCUCUUUUUGAUUUGGUAUCUAAAAUAUUUGGGGUUAAACUGAUUUCAGCUGUUUCCCUGUGCCCUUUUCAUACAGAGGAAACCUGGUAGGAUCAGAUGUGAAAUUUCCUGACUAGGCUUUUUUUUUUUUUCCCCAAGGUUGACAAAAUAGCCUCAGCUAGGAGGCAGACUUCAGAGAGCAACAGGGCGACCUUGUCACUCUCCAGGAUUAGAAUUCAGGGCCCAAGUGUGCACAGAUAGAGCUGUUACUUCCAGUUUUGUUAGAAAAAGGCCUUUUAGGGGAUUGGGGGUGGGCUGGGGAAGAACUGUACAUAAAGUACAUUUUAUUACCAUAUAGAGAAACAUAGGGAAAGAAAAGCUAGUGGCUAAUCUGGGGCUUGCUUUGCUUGCAUGUGAUGGAGCUUUGGGGGGCAGGGAUUGUUGGGGAGCAGCAGGGAGGCAGAGGUGGGUAGGCUCCUAGGGGUUCCCUUAAGGAAGUGGGCAUCCUCGAUCAGCUCUUUCUUCUCCACAUAAAGGGAGGCUGGAGCUUGGAGCCCCCUGGGGCUGCACUGCUGCUCUGAGAAGAGUUGCUUUCAGCAACUGGGAGUUUGGUUGGGGUGUCCACCACCACCCCACUGACCAGCAGUGAGUCCACCUUGGUCCAGUGCUUUACUUCUGGGGCUCUCAUUAGUGCUUCCAUAAGCAAAUGUACUGUUUUGCAUGUUGGGUUACUGAGAGGGUAGAAGUGUUUUCAUGACCCAUUCUAAGCUGGAAGAAUAAAUAGGUUGAGUCUGAUCCCUAGACAGUCCCAUACCCUGGGGUGUCUGUGUAGGACGAGGAAGAGUGAGGCGGCUGUGCAGACAGCCCUGCUGGCGCCUGUCCCUUCCAGACGAGUGGCGCAUCUGGACUUCUGAAUCCUCGGUAGACAGUAGCCAUUAAUGACAUCACUGGGCCAGUCUUCCUUGGUGGAUCUGAAGCAGCGAGGAAACAGUGUCCACUCUGGAUCGCUGGUGGGGAGAGCUGGGCCGGGUGGUAGGGAGAAGUGCUGCAAGUUCUUAGCCCCUGGCCCUGGUCCAUUGCCGUCUGUCCCAGCCCCCUUGAUGGUGACACGAACAGCUGCUGGGCCUCUUGAAUCUUGAAGAAAUGUGCUCCACCAGUCCCACCAGUCUCUCCUUGGCACUGGAUUCCCUGGGUUUAUUUUAGGACCAGGCCACGGUCUUCCUUCUGCCCCAGAUACAUACCAGUUACCUCGUUUCCUUCCCACCCCACUUCUUCAUGGCUCAAGGGAUCCUGACCUCAUGGAUGGUUUGCGACGGGGAGUUGGUUGGGUAGGGAAGGGAAUCUGAGAGGGGAGAAGGGUUGGGCUCGUGGGGGGUGGUUCCCAUUUUCCGCCUUAGAAGCUCUGUGAGUGUGCUUCUGAUGAUGUGUGGGGUUUCCACACGUGUGGAGGGAAGGGGCCGAGGCCGACUCCUCAUGUUGGUGAUGAGGGCUGAGAGACUUUUUGCCCCCUCUUGGCUUACAGCAUCUAAGAGAUCUUGUUUCUGGCAUGGGGACAGAUGUCCUUAUAGCCAUCUUGCAGUUCUUUGAAGGGAAACUGUCCAUCACUCUCAUCGGAAAUUUCUAUUACCUGCUGAGAACCUGAAGGGUCUGUCGUGAGCAGACAGUGUCCUGGCUGGGGCAGAGAGGUGGGGCUGUCUCACCUGGCCUUCUGCAGUCACCAGACUAGCUCUGUGGCCUCCAGCCCCAGGGGGCUAUCUUGUCCAUGUUCCUUUCCUGGGCUCAGGAAGUAAGAGUGUGUGUGUGUGUGUGUGUGUGUGUGUGUGUGUGGUGUGCUCUGUAUGUAUGGUGCCUAUGUGUGUGGUAUGUGGUGUGCAUUUGUGAGGGUGGUGUGUGUGUGUGUGUGGUAUGUUUGUGGUAUGCAUUUAAGUGUGCUGUGUGUGUGUACAAAAGAUUUGUAGGAACACACUAAUUUGCCUGAGUAGCCUCAGGCCUAGCAGACCCUCUUUUUGGUUGACUCUUUUCUUUGCGAGGCAACUCCUAAUUUGGUAGGAGGGUGAAAUUAGUAAUAUGCCAUCUUUAGCAUAUUUUUUAUGGAGAUUGUAUAUAAAAUUAUAUAAAUAUAUAUGAUUUGUUCUAUUUUAAGGAGAGAGGGGAGCUUAUGUAAGGGGGUGGGUGGGUGCAGGGACUGAAUGCAAUAGUCGUGGUUGGGAGCUGGGGCCUCUGGGGAGUGGGAGAUGGGAGGGCAGCGGACCGCAGCCGGGGAGAGGAGCGGGGUUGUGCCUUCGGCACACGCAUAUAUAUGAAGUCUAGCUAGCUAGCUUGUCUAUAUAUCUAUAUAUCUAUAUGCAGUCAUAGUUUGCUUUAUUUUUGUACUCGUGCUUAGACAUGUUUGGAGCACGACCACCUGGGGUGGCCUGGGUUCUAGCUCAUGCCUUGGUGCCCUCUCUCCCACCCAUUCUUCCUCCAUGCCUCGUCUGUCUUUUGAGACAUUCUCUGUUCAGAGUCGCUUGGGUCUUUCUGAUGGAAAUGUGUACAUAUGAAAAUUUAAUUUUAACAAAGCCUCCUUCUGGCACCUGGCCAGGGACUUCUAGAACAGAGCAGAGUAUCGUAGAGUCUGACCCAGAGCUAGAGCUUCUGGGGGAACAGGUGCUCACUAGCAUUUGAGCAGGAAAGUGUGUGCCCUGAAGAAUACCUCUCUGAGAACUUGAGACCUCACAUACGCUGCAAGGAUCUCACACCUCGCGGCUCAACAGUUGUCCCUGGGUGCUAGCUCUUUCUCUGACUUGCCAAGGGUCAUUUGUUUGAAGCUGGUGCAGGGCGCAUGGUGCCAGCAGCCAGGAGACACCUGUGGGUGCAGUCUCUGCUUGCAUCAUGCUCGUCAACUGAAGAGCCAAUACUGACCCCUCCUCCCCAAGCAGGGCAUCACAUAGGCCAAGAGGUUUUGUCUUAUGGAACGCGGUCAUUAGAGGAGCUUGCGUGCCUCAGCCAUGGGUGGGGCUUUUUUGCUUUUUUUGGAGUACCAUGAGAAGAGGGGGUGAGGGUGCAGCUCGAGUCUGACCCCUGACCCAUCUCGUGCCUCAGUGUAGCUUUAAGGGGCCCUGGCAUUCACUCAGGCCUGUCCUUCAGCCCCUGGCAUACCUGCUCAAGACGCUUUCCAUUUCCCAUGGACACUGGAGGAUGGUGGUCUCUGUCCAGUCUGCAUUGGGGGAGCUCCAGCAUGGGGUCCAGUGGCCAUAUCCAUGCUUGGCAGGUGACCAGUUGUCCCUGCAGUCUUCUCAGGGGACCAGGGGAGGAUGCAGCCAGACGUUCCUUGUAAGACUUUUCAGGGAGGCUGGGCAAGAAGGGCAACACAGUCUCUGUCCUGUCCAGCCUGCCCGAACCUCCACGACAAGAGGGCUUUCAUUAACGUUCUUUUGGCUCCCGGAGCGAUCCUCUCUUUCUCCACAGACCCUGUCCCACCUCUGGUAUCCUGCAUCACAGUACCGCACUGGGUCUGGGGUUACUCUGAAACUGCUUCUUUUCACAUGACACCCAAGGUGUGGUCCUUCACACCAAGGAGUCACUGCCCUCAGCCUUCCCAUCCCACCCCUCUACCUCUAACUGGAGUAAGUUACGGGAAGAAAAGGGAAGACAAGUGACAUAGCCCUACCUUGAAACGUUAGAGCUUGGAGGGGUUGUAAAGUUUAUCUCUACCCUGAGCCUCAGGAAGGUUGGAAAGGGUAGGUAGCCCAGCCAAGACCUCCAAUUUCUCUGCGGAGCCGGGCUUUCACAAAGGCACAUGAGGCCAACGGAUGAUGGAGAUCUGAUUAUAUGUAGAGGAACAGCAUCUGCCUUUGAACCUCUGUUAACAGGACGGGUUGGUGGGAUGAGUGUGCUGACUAGGUCUUUGAGGCCACCCCAUAGGCUGUGCCUGUGCCUUGGUGCCCGCGUGGUGGGAGGGACACCAAAUGCUGGUGCUCUUCCCCUUUGGUGGGUGCUGAGGGUGUCUGUGGAGUUGUUUUAGUUCUGCUACCUCUGUCUGCUUCAUGGAACCAGGGUUUGGAGUGGACAGAGUCACUGGGUGUUCCUCACCCAAAGUCAGCGUGGGUGUAUCCUUCCCCCUUGGGCAUCAAGCAGUAGCUUGGGGAAGUGGGGUUCCCACUGCCCUCUGGCCCUGUAUCUCCUGUCUGAUGCAGGUGUUCGUGCUGAGCCAAUUUGGGCAACCUCAAACAGUAGGGGGGAGAGCAGGAGAACCUACGCGGCACACUGCCUGUCCCGAAGGGUCUGGCCCCGAUGUUGCCCUGUGGGGGUCUCUUCUGUGCCCAGGGCCUGGGGGGACACUCUGUGCAGUGGUCUUGAUCGUUGGGACUUCAGACUGAAUGGCUGGUUUAGGGAAGAACAGCAGUUUAAAGCCCCCCUUGCCAAGUUGUAUACAUCAAUCUCCAAAGGUCUUAACGCCUCGUUCAGACUUCAUUUCCAAACUGCCAUCUGUGGGGCCAGAGGAAGGGGCACAAGGCGGGGUGGUGCCCCCACCAGUGGCUCCUUCCUUCCACAGCCGCUGACCUGAAGGGACUAUAGCAGCUUCACGUCAGUGACGCCCGGUUCCUCUCGUCCCCGACUUUUUCUCUUCCACCAGGAGAUACUUUAUGACCCUGGGUAUGAUUCUUCCAUAGCACACCUGAAAGCAAUGUGUGUGGAUUUCUUUUCCCUAUUUCACCCAGCGGUCUGUAGACACACCGAGGGUGGGUCGGGAGGGGUCCCGCGGCCACCUCCCAAGACCCCAACUGCUCUGCGCCUCUGAAUGUCCAGGGGCCUCUCGCCUCACUUCUUCUAGGAAUCUGAGUACAACUCAGCCUGCUGGUGGGAGUGCCUGCUCUCAUGGCACACUUUUUCCGUCUUCAACUUUCUUUGGGGGUUUUCCCCCAUCCAUGCCAGGUCUUCUCGUGAAGACCCUUCAAACCUCGUUUCCAUUUCUUGAAUGUUGAUACUACCACGUAACUGCGCUAGGGUGCUUUAUGGUGCUGUUCUUGAUGAGGCCAGCUGGACUGAACCUCCUUCGUCCCACUGGUUCCUUAAAUCUUGCUGUAUUUUGUCCUCUAUUUUUCCCCUAGGGGUUUGGGGUGGGAGACGUAGAGGUGGCUUUUGUGUUCUCUCUCUCUUCUGUAUGUAUGCACUGGGUAAAGUCAGUAAUCAUGGGCAGCUGACUUCAUGGUACUGGUUGGCUGACUUUGGUUAACUAUUAAAGACAAAUCAACAAAUUGUACAGCUGCACACAGAACACCUUUGAGUGUGAAUCUGAAUGGCAACUAGAGGCUUACUUUUUGAACUUCAGGUAUGUAACUCAAAAGUAAAUAAAAACACUAUUUUUUCA